CACAGAAAUGCACAACUUGAAGGGUUUACUCUGUUGAGGUUCGUUUUAACCCAUCAUUAGCAGGACAAAACUACCAAAAUGUUAGUUAUUAAGCAAACGCAAAACAGACAGCCAGACUUCCGUGAUGGUGGUGAGGAGGCGAUGACCAAGGAGGAUGUGCUGAGGGAGUCUUCAGAGGGAGACUCGGUCCUGCGGCAGUACAGUAUUAUUACCCAUAACUCUGAGCGCCCGGUGAUCCAUCAGGUGGCAUCAGCGCCCAUGCCUUCAGACUGCGAGUUCUCGUUCUUCGACCUGAAUGAUCCGCUGUGUCGGGAGGUUCUGUUGGAUCCUCGGACCACUGUGCCCGAGCUCUUCGCUGUUCUCAGGCAGUGGGUUCCCCAAGUCCAGCGGAAUAUAAGUGUCAUCGGCAACGAGAUUCUGAAGAGAGGCUGUGGUGUCAAUGACAGAGAUGGCCUUACUGACAUGACUUUGCUUCACUACUGCUGCAAGGCAGGAGCUCCUGGAAUAGGCGACGCUGAGAGUGCGUCCAGUCUGGCCCGUCAGCUGUUGUCUCUGGGAGCCGAGCCGUCCUUACGCAGCCGUUGGACCAACAUGAACGCUCUCCACUACGCCGCGUAUUUCGACGUCCCUCGUCUCAUCCGAGUGGUUGUGCAGGCGUCACAGCCGGGAGAGGUGGAUGCGACCUGCAGUGAUUUUGACUUCGGCACCGCGCUACACAUCGCUGCCUCGAACCUGUGCACCUCUGCGGUGAAGUGUCUGCUGGAGCUCGGAGCCAACCCCGCUUUUAGGAAUGACAAGGGCCAGUGUCCGGCUGAUGUUGUUCCAGACCCUGUAGAUAUGCCUGUGGAAAUGGCUGACGCCUCAGUCCAGGUUAAAGAGCUGCGCACUCUGCUCCGGGACGUCCUGCCCAGACCCGACUCUCCCCUCACUCUCCUUCUCCCUCUCCUGCCUGCCAGACCUCCAGGUGUCCUCUCGGACAAAGCUCGUGCCCAGCUUUCAAGUAUGGGCCUUCACCUUGGAGACAAAGUGGUCAUCGCUGGUCAAAAGGUCGGGACUCUGCGGUUUUGCGGUAGUACCGAGUUUGCUGGGGGUCUUUGGGCAGGGGUGGAGCUUCACCAACCAGUGGGCAAGAAUGAUGGAUCGGUAGCUGGCGUCCAGUACUUCACCUGCCCAAUUAAACAUGGCAUCUUCGCCCCCCUCUCCAAACUCAGCAAACUCUCGGAACGACGUAAAAACAGUCCCCGCCAGCCCUCCGCUCCCAUCCCCCACCCUAGACGAAUUGACUUGGCGCGGGUCACGUCCAAGGUCAACACAGGUCUACUUUCACGCAGUUGUUCCACAUCCUCUUCUUCUUUGGACUCCAGACAAGCUUCCAUACGACCACCAAGACCACCACCACGACAGAGACCACCUCUGCGCCCAUGGCAGGAACGGACUCCUCCGAGCACCAGAUCUACUCCUCCGCCCUCCCGUUCCCUCACCACCACCCCACACUCUGGAAUUUCUCACAGCAGGACCCCUUCCGUCAGCAGCACAGCAUAUGAGAGCUCAGAUGUGCAUUUAGGGGAGCGCGUAUUGGUGGUGGGACAAAGGACAGGGGUUGUGCGGUUUUACGGGAAGACCAGUUUUGCUCCAGGAUUUUGGUUGGGGAUUGAGUUGGACAAGCCGAGCGGGAAGAAUGACGGAUCAGUUGGAGGAGUGCGAUACUUCAGCUGUCCUCCUAAACACGGAGUCUUCGCCCCACCCUCACGAGUUCAGAGCAGGAUUCAUGGCUCAGUAGACUGUCUGUCAGAGCUGUCCUCGUCUCGGAUGAACUAUUCCUUCACAGGAAUUCGACGCACUCUCAGCACUUCCUCAGCCAUCGCUACUCAGAGAGAACCGAGUCGUAAAGGUCAAGCAAGCAGGUAGAAAUAAUGUUAAUACGACUAACUUUUUUCAAGUAAAGAUUUUUUCACUAGCAGUUGUGGCUCGGUGGUUUAGUCCAUGUGUUACGGAUACAUUGACCCUUGGUGCUCGUGAUGGAGAAAUGUUGGUUUGAGUUAUAUUAUAUAAUUGUUUGUCCUCAUUUCCAUUAUUUAUUUAUUUUUUAUUUAUUUUUCACCAAAAUCUAAAGAUGCCCAAAUCUCAAAGGUUCCUUUAGUUUCCAAAAAGGCACUUUUUGGUAGAAUUGUAUGUAAUCAUUAGUAUUAAUUAAUUCUGAAUCUGAGAAAGGUUUGUUGUACAGUAUGUUACUUUAGUAUUAUUAUUUAUUAUUAUUAUUAUUAUUAUUAUUAUUACUGAAGCUGAAAUUGGAAAUAAAUCUCAUGUAAUAGUCAAUCAAUUCAUUGCAUUUUUGUGUAAAUCAACACUCAAUUAAAAAAGGGUGUAAACAUUUCAGUUGUACAACUUUUUAAUGUAAGUUGUUUAUUUAUAAACAUUUAAACAGUGGCUAUCAUCACUUGUUUCAUGACAUAUUUAUUUAAACAUAAAUAAUGAAGACAACAGGUUUAGUAAAAAAAUGUAACGACUAAUACAGUGAAUAUAUUUAGCUAAAUUAGUUGUUUUAUUUCUAUCUGACACUGAUUUGGACAUUAGAAUGGUUUUCCUGAGGUAGAUGUAACAUUACGUGACCUAUUGUUCACCAGCUCUUUUCUUGACUUCUUUCUGCGGUUGAAACACUGAUAAACACUUUAAAAUAAGUGUCAAUUUCUAACAUUACCGAAGUUUAAUAAAAGUAGUAGUGAAUUAGCUAAUUUCAACAUUUACUAAUGCAUAUUUUUGUAUUCGUAAAUGUUGAAUACAUACAAGAAACAUAUCUCUUAACAUUAGCAUCAUAAACUAACAUGAAUGAUCAAUGUAUAAUUAAUAUAUUAAUAUUUUCAAGGUUCAGUAUUGUUUUUAAAUUUUUGUAAUAAAAGUUCAGCACUUU